GAAAUAAAUUAAUUAUAUCUAAUUAUGGAUAGUUACAAUCUACAUGUGCCAAACAUACUAAAACUUGGGUCCAUGUACUAACAGCCCAAAUCACAUUUCGAGGUCAUAUACCCGAAUACAAAACCCGAAACCUGUCUCACAACUUGCAACCCGAUCCGAGAUGAACAAAGCAUUGAGAAUUUACGGUGAAGUUCUCCGGUUGGUGAGGCGUCUUCCGGCGGACUCCAGGCCCUACUACGCCAAAUACGCCCGAGAAAACUUCGUCAAUUACCGAGAACUUGAUGACAACGAUCCCGCAGCUCUCCAUGAGCUCUUCCUUCGCGCUUACAAUCACUCCGUUUGGGUUCUUAACAAGUAUUCCGUCGAUCAAGCGGCUGCGAGCAAGCUGAAGGAGAUAUGUGGUGGGGUUUGAAGCUUUUUUGUUGCAUGCCAAGUGUUUGAUGAAAUGCCCACUGGUUGUUUGUUUCUGUUUUAAGUUGUAUUAGUAGUUUAAAGUUGUACCAUUGAUGUCUCUGUCUAUGUUUGGAUGAUAUUUGUAUUGAUUUUUUUUUGAUGAAUAAUUUGGUGGUUAUAAAUUUUGGACUGGAAAGUA